AUGUGGCCGUCGCCGAAGUGCUCACCACUUUGUCGUCUCUCUGGUCCAAGAAACCCUAAACUUGUAUAUGCGCCUCUCGCGUCCGUCGCCUCUCUCAACCUCGCAUCAAUCGGGGAUUCAGGUACCUCUUUGGAAGUCCUGUCUACGCCUGUCUCCAUCUGUGCCAUCUUCUUUUUGACUGCUCAAGAAGAAGAGUGUCAGCGAUACUGUAGCCAUCUGCUUUGUCGCCGCGUAAUCAAGAACCAGAGAAAAGAAGCUCAAGCACAGAAACUUUAUGAUUAUGGAGAGAAGAUGGGGAGGGAGGGCUCCUUUUCUUUGAACAAUUUGUCUUUUUUUAAUGUAGAAGAUGAUAACCAAUGGUGGUUAUCUAACUAUUGGAAUGAGUGGUCUCGGAAAUAUUGUUGUUGUCCUUAAAGGACUCCCGUGAAGCCCACACUGCCAUCACCAUCGAGGUCUCUCUUACACUAAUCCGUUCAUCUAAUCAUGUCGAGCCCAUGGAUCUUCUUGGCCACUUUUCAUGGUUUCCAGUAAACUUAUUUGUAUUUUGCAAGCUCAAGAAGUCUUUAAUGAAGCUGGAGUAUGUGGAUUUUCGAAAGGCACUUCUAUGACUUUACUUAUGGAUUAACCAUCGCAUAAAGUGAAGCAAUAAGUGAACCUAAAAAGUCUGUUGAUAAAUAUUGUGAUAUUAAUGAAAAGAAGUGAGGCCGUAAGUCAAAUACUAAGUUUUGGUAAUGAAAUGCUUUGCACAGUCCUUUUGAUGAGCUUCUUUGUUUGCCUUUAUUGUUUAAAUCACUUAAUUAACUGAGAUAAUAAUCUCAUCUAGCUUCUUUGUUUUUUGGUUUUUGGAGGGACUGUAUGAUGAAAGGGGGUUAUUGUUGUGUAAAAUUAGAAAAGAAGGAAUUUAAUAAAUUCUUGGUUUGGCAAAUGGACAUGGACCUGCACAAUCUGGGAGUAAAUGUUAUUGGUCAAAAAUUCUAUUAAUUAGGGGUAUUUGUAUUUGAUGUUAAAUUUAGAUUUUUCUUUGUGGUUUAAAUGUUGGUUGCAGGAGAAGGAUCUCUAAAAAAAACCUUAAACAAGCAUCUAUAGAGGAUAAAAUUCAUGGACCGUAUGUGUAUAUGUAUCAAAGCUCACAAAUUUUUUUAUCAAAUCUGACCAUCGACCUGAUUUUCAUGAUCACUUUUUGGUUUCUGUAUAUGUUCUAGGAUUUUGUAUUUUUUUAGUGCUCUUCGUGUUUCAUGUCUUGAUAAUAAAGUACUUUAGGCCCAAAAAUUUAAUAAGUGAAUGUGUUAUUUGCUUUUAUUUUAUUUUCGAUAUUUCAGAUGUG